AAGUAUCUAGAGAGAAUGAAGAGGUUCUUCCGAUUCCUGCAUUUUAUUCUUUCCAGGCAAUGCGCGGCUUUACGCCCCAACUAUUUACAGCCCAAAUUCAGUCUAUGCAAUUCGCCUUCAGCUACCCCAGGCCAUCCAUCCCCAUUUUCAGUGAGAGACAGGAGUUAGCUGAUAGCCAAAACUACAAUGAAUUUCUGUUGCCUUAUUAUUGUUCUGUUCCUCUGGCAACGACAAUUGGGUCCAUUGAUUUUCUCCUUUGCUUUUUACCGAAGACUGAUGGGAUUGAGGGCACAAAUCGGGGAUUGAUUGUUCAAUGGGUAUUUGAUCCUGGCUCAGCAAUGGAAUCUCCAUAUGGGUUGCGUAAAUUUGCCAAGAAUGAACAGCUGACAGGUUACAGGACUACUUACUUUGCAAAUACCCAAUCUAAAUCUGUUUGGCAAAUUUAUAUAGCUUCUUUCGCAUAUCUAUUACAUGUGGUGGAUAUGAGAACAAUGGGUAAUAUUUUGGGAAUUUCAAUGCCUCUUAGUCCUACCAUCUCUUAUUUGACUUGGACUGUUAAUGGCUUUAGCAGACUCCUUCUAUGUGAUAAAGAUUAUAAGUUUGAGUCAUCUGAUGUAAAAUUUCUACCUCUUAUUUGUAACGCAAUCCAGAAAUAUCGACAACAGGUAGAAGGGGCAGUUGCUGCUCAGAAAUUUAAGAUGAGAAUACCAAGAGAUUGCAGAGGUGGCACUAGGAUUGCAAGACAUAAUUGCACAAAGGGCUCAAUUUUUAUGGUUGUGUCAGACUAUUGUCCUCGUGCUAGCAUGAUAUUUUCUUGUCAUGGCUUGUGGGAAUUAAUAGCCAACAUGAGUCUGAUGAAUAUCUUCGGAGGCCUAGUUUGGACUUCUACAACUUUUGUGCUUGCUAUGAAUAUAGAACACGUGUUCAACAAGAAAGAUGUGCAUAAUAGCCUUUGUGUAGUGGAGUAUCUUUUCCAUUUGUCACUGGUGGAGUUUUAUCACAGUGAUAUUGGACUCAUUUUCCUACUGGUCUAUACUUGUUGGAUGAUUUGCUUAGGAGCAUGAAAAUUAGACUGCAACCUAUCCUGGUUCUCAACUCUUAUGAUUGGCAAAGCAGGUGCAAGUUUUCUCUAGUACAGAAUGCUCGGCUUUUGGUAUUUGCACCUGUCUGGGGAUUGGUUCAGUGAUGGUUCUUAAUGUACAGCAGAAAGUUAAUGAGACUCUCUCUAUGCCGAUUGAACUCUCUAAUUGCACUUGCCCUCUCUUUGACCUUGAGGACAAGGUCAAUCUCUAUGGGGAGAGUAAUGUCAUGAUUCUGCCAAACAUUAAUGGGACCCAAAGAGGACACGUGGCUUAUGAUCACCCAACAAGUAUUGUGCCUUUGCAUGAUGCUGUUAGCAAUAACCGAAUGGAAUCUCAACAAUAUGAAAGCAACGCUAUA